AUGGCUUCUGUAGCAUCUGGACCGGCGACGGACUCGAAGGAGGGCGGGAAACGCUCUCUGCGCCGGGUCGAGUUGCGGACAGCCAACCUGGCGGCAUGGGAGCGAGGCGGGCCUCCUGAGGGACUGGGCAAGCUCGACACCUCGCUCAAGCGUCACACGGCCCUCCUCGUCAAGUUCCGCUCGUCGCUCAACACGGCUGCAGCCAUUGCUAGUCUCCUGAAGGAGAUCUCACAGCUCUCGCUCGAGAAGUAUGUCGAGGAGGCUGUCGGCGCGAUUGUGGAGGGUCUCGGCAAAUGCAAGACGGCGGCCGAGACGGCGGGUGCGGUCGAGGUCGUCUCGGCGAUGCACCAGCGCUUCCCUGAACUCUUCACUCCGCCCUUCAACUCGCUCCUCCUGCAGGGUCUCAAGCCCGGCUCAUCGACCGCAACCGACCGCGACAUCCAGGAGAAGGAGAACAACGCUCGUAUUAUCAAGCAGCGUGGCUUGUUGAGGGUUGUUGGGGAGCUUGAAGCGGUUGGUGUGGUGCGGAAGGAGGGUGGGAAGGGCGCGACGGGCGAGAUUACUUGGGCGGCCCUGAAGGACCUGCUCACGUCCGACAAGGAAGCCCUCGCACUCGUCGCUCCCCUCGCCAUCGCAACCGCCAAACACCUCGGCUCGAUCUACCUCCCACCCGCCGACGCCGCCACCACGACAGAAGGCGAAGCAAGCGCGCAUGAUUUCCCGACUCUCGCAGAAGCUUCGCAGGCAGAAGACGACGCGAUCGUUUCGCGGGACAUGAAGGACAAGUUUCGCAAGCUGCUUGUUGCGUUCUUUGAUGCGCUCGGCAAGCGGGAACAGAAGUUGCACCUCGAACUGCAACGGCAGGACAAGCGCAAUCACGAGGCGUACAUCCGGUCUGGCGAGGUCUUUGAGGACCGCGAGAAGAACUACGAGAAGGCGGUCAAGUCGUGGGAGCGCGGGUGGGCGAGCGUCACGCAACUCGCCGAAGUCCUCUCUCUCCCCCUCCCCACCCUCCCCUCCCUCCAAUCAACCCUCAACGCCUCCAUCGUGACAGCCGGUUCGUCCGGCGCUACUUCAGGCGAAGAACUCGGUCCGCAGAGCUUGUGGGCGGACGAGGAGGAGAAGAAGUUCUAUGAGGACUUGGUCGAAUUGAGGGGGAAGGUGCCGAAUGCGCUUUUGGGUGUUGCGGAGGAGGAGAAGGUGGAGGAGGCGGAGGUGAAGGAGGACGUUCAGGAGGAAACGGUGGAGGGAGAGGAGGAGAAGGAUGCGGCGCGUAUCGAUGAUGAGGAUGCGGCGGAAGAGCCAGAGGACCCGGUCGCUAAGCUCGAAACGGCCGAGCCCGAUCCAUCCAUUCCUUCCGGCCCCGCCGCGCAGCUGAACGCCAUCUUCGCCCGCUUGCCCGAAGCUUCGUCGAAGAAGUCGAUCGAUGACAUCGCGGUCGAGUUUGCGUUCCUCAACAGCAAGGCGGCGCGCAAGAGGCUUGUCAAGACGCUCGGCUCCGUCAGUCGCAACCGCCAAGACAUCCUCCCGUACUACAGCCGCCUCGUCGGCACGCUCAACCCGUACAUGCCGGACGUUGGGAAGGAGCUUGUUGCGCUGCUCGAGGACGAGUUCCGCUACCUGCAGCGCAAGAAGAACGCCGACUUUGCCGAGACCCGCUCGAAGAACCUCCGCUUCAUCUCCGAGUUGACCAAGUUCCGCGUCACCCCGCUCCACGUCAUCUUCUACGUCUACAAGGUCCUCCUCGACGACUUCUCCGGUCCCAACAUCGACAACUUCUGCACCGUCCUCGAGGGAUGCGGACGCUUCUUACUUCGCAGCGAAGCGACGAGCGAGCGGAUGAGGCAGGUCGUCGAUACUUUCAAGCGCAAGAAGGCGGCUAUGCAUCUCGAUGAGCGGCAGACGGCGAUGCUCGAGAACGCCUACUACCAGUGCGAUCCGCCUGACCGCCCGGCCAUUCCGCCGAAGGAGCGGACGCCGAUGCAACUGUACAUCCGACACCUCUUCUACAACGUGCUCAACCGCAACUCGAGCGACAAGGUGCUCAAGCUCGUUCGCAAGCUCCACUGGGAGGACCCGGCGAUCGUCCGCAAGCUGCACAACGCGUUCACGAAGGUGUGGAAGAUCAAGUACUCAAAUGUCCACCUUUUCGCCGUCCUUCUCUACGAUCUCGGCCGCUACCACCCCGACUUCAGCGUGUCAGUCAUUGACGACGUCCUCGAGAACAUCCGCGUCGGCAUGGAGAUCAACAACUUCAAGUACAACCAGCAGCGUGUCGCGACCGUCAAGUACCUCGGCGAGCUCUACAACUACCGCGUGCUCGACUCGCGCGUCAUCUUUGACACGCUGUGGUCGCUCGUCACGUUCGGUCAUCCCGACGGCCGCCCUCACCCUGAUCUGCCUUCCGCCAUCGACACUCCCGACGACUACUUCCGCAUCCGCCUCGUCUGCACGCUCCUCGACACCUGCGGCGCCUGCUUCGACCGCGGCACGCUCAGAAAAAAGCUCGACAAUUUCCUCGUCUUCUUCCAGAUGUAUGCGUUGUCGAAGGGCUCGCUGCCGAUGGACGUCGGCUUCAUGUACUCCGACACGCUCGAGCAGCUCCGUCCGAAGCUCGUCAAGUAUCAGACUUUCCCGGAGGCGGCGCUCGCAGUUGACGAGAUGAUGGCUGCUGUCGCGAAGGAGGCACCGGUCGAAGACGAUGUCGACGAGCAAGAUGGACAGGAAGGUGCUCGUCCCGGUGCAGACGAGGAGGACGAGGAAGGUUCAGAGACGGAGGGAGAGAGCGAGGCCGACACGAUCGACGCGGACGGUGCUGCCGGCGACGCUUUCGAGGACGAUGAAGACACGCACGAGGGGCGUGGCCGCGACCCGAAUGCGAUGACGCAGGAAGAAGAGGACGACUUUGCUCGCGAGCUCGCCAAGAUGAUGGUCAGCUCGACCGAGGCGCGCAAGGCGGAGAGGAAGCCAGUCUCGCUCGACGUGGGCAUCCCGCUCAUUCGCAAAGCCAAGGCGGACGAUGAGGUCGCGAUGGACGAAGCGACGCAAGACAGUCGCGAGAGGAAGGGCAUGCAGUUCACGCUUUUGACGAAGAAGGGCAACAGGCAGCAGGCACUGUCGAUGGAGAUUCCUCGCGAGUCGUCCAUCGCGAUGAGCACCGUCGCUCAGCGCGAGCAGCACAAGGCCGAGCAGGAGCGGCUCAAGCGACUUGUUCUCGACUACGAGUCCCGCGAGGAGGAGGCAGACAAGCAAGCUCUCAAGGAGACUCUCGCUCGUCGCGGCAUCGUCCUCAACUAUGGUGCUGAGAACCGCAAGAAGGGGAUCAAGUUCGAGGUAGUGCCUUGA